ACGGAACUUGUAACGUUUAAUUUGGCACAGAACUCGAUUCGACACAACCUGUCGUUGAACAAGUGUUUCGUAAAGCUGCCGCGUUCAAAGGACGAGCCUGGCAAAGGGGGUUUCUGGAAGUUGGACUUGGAGCGGAUGGAAGAAGGUAGAAAAUCGAAACGACGCGCGACCAUGUCUCAGCGCGUCCGCGGAUCGAAGAAGUCAACGUCUCCGAAAACGAUGGUAACUAAUAACGUGCAGAGUAACGGUACACCGUCAAUUAACAGUCCGUCCACAUUGUACGAGACCCCGCCCAGUAGCGUGUCUCCGCCGAUUCCAGACUGUCUCUCAGAGAUUCCCGACUCGACCCAAGUUAGUUUAAGCGAGGACGAUCUGACUGGUUUA